GCUUUAUUGAAGAAGUGACAGAUGAUUCCAGUUUUUUAGGUGGUGGUGGCAACUGGAUGGACAAUAGCACAUCAACACAUUUUACAGAGUUCUGGCGCAAUUUGGACCACACGAUGAUUAUACAAGAUUUUAGACCAUUUCUAAGUAGCAAUGCACUGGACCAAGAUAAUAGAGCCAAUGAGAGAGGUCACCAAACUCACACUGACUUCUGGGGACCAAGUCGACCUCCACGGUUGCCAAUGACUCGGAGAUACAGAGCACAAGGAAGCACUCGUCCUGAUAGAUCCCCAGCAAUUGAAGGAUUAAUAUAGGUUUAUCAAAAAUUCAGAAACAAAUGAAAGGGAUAUCAAUAUAUUGGAUGACAUUAGGAUUCAAAAAGACCUCAGCAGAUUGGAGCAGUGGACUUGAUAUGAAAUUUAAUAGGAAUAAGCAUAGAGUCUUGUGACUGCCAAAAACAGUCAUGCAACAAAUGUCUAUUGAGUCUUUCAUGCUACAGCAUUUGUACUAGACACUGGGGAUACAUGUGAGUCACACCAUUGCGUGGUGGCUCCUUAUCUCUUGGAUCCCAUUUACU